GACAAUCCUCAAUGCAUUAUCACUCUUUGAUGGCUCUUUGAUCUCAAUAAAUUACAAUGAGAUUGGGCAUAGAGAUGAGAAUCUCUACUGAAAAAUUCCUCUAUUUAAGAGAUGGUGUUUCCCCAAGAAGUUCGGUCUUCAUUCCAAUACCAUCCCACAAUCUUCAUUGCCUCUCCAUUGCUUCUCUACAGAACCUAAAGCUCUUCCAAAGUCAUUGAAUGCUCUCACAGCCUACUCAGCUUCCCUCGAUACUAAGCAACAUUAUAUCAAGCAAACAACAUCAGGCUUAUUUUCAGGCCGCAGGCACCGCCUCCAAAGCUCCCACUGCAUCCAAAGCUCCCAAAGCAUCCAAAGCAUCCAAAACUCCCACCGCAGCUAAAGCUGCAGACGACCAGCCCCCCGCCAAGAAGCGUCGUCCGCGUCGAAAAAAGACCGACCCUGAACCUGACUUCUCAGAUGUUAUCAGACAACAAUACCGGGACACUAAUGGCCGAACCCCCGUAGCUUGUGAUCGAUGUAAAAUCACAAAAACGACCUGCGACUCCGGGGGUACUGGAUGCAGACCUUGCAACACCAAGGGCGUGCCAUGCAGAACAACUGACCGUGUCACUUUGCAGACUUGGACUCGUGGAGAUCCUUCUCCGCAGAGACUACGAUCUGAAAACACCAGACUGACAACUGAAAAUGCUAGACUCACGACAGAAAAUCGCAAUCUAACGCGGCAAGUCAAUGAGCUCCAGAGCCAGAUUGAAAGAUACAGAAACAUGUUCCCUACAAUGCCGGCAACAACUAGCGCCUUCAACAACUCAAAUCAAGCCGGAGGAACUUCGUCGACAUUAACAGCGCUCCCACGACCCUUCCUACCUGGGCACAACCCCCACUCCAAACGGCCCAAGGACAAAUCACCGCUGGUCCCUCGAGCAACUCACUAAACACGAACGCCGCCGCCGCCGCCGCCGAACAGGGUUUUUCGCAAAUGCCAUGGCCACCAACGCCCUUGGGCCAGCCCAGCCUGAGAGAGCUGCGUAGAGCCGACCCUAA